AUGGGUCGUGAACCAACUGAGGAGCAGGAAGCUGAAUACACAGCAGAUGAGAAUAAAACUCUUAAGGAGCAAAGGAAGAAGGAUAAAAAUGAAUUGUUUCUACUCUAUCAAGCAUUGGACGAGUCUAGCUUCGAGAAAGUUGCUGAAGCAAUGACAAAGAGACGAACGGGUGAAACGGUUGUAGCUAUCGAAGAGUCUAAGGACUUGGAGAAUCUUACAAUUGAGGAGUUGUUGGGUUCAUUACAAGUACAUGAGCAAAGGAUGCAAAAGAAUGCUAAUUCUGGUGUAUUAGAACAAGCACCAGAGUCAAAACUGACUCUAACUGAUCAAGGCAAAUUCAGCUCCAACCGUGGUCGUGGUAGAGGCCGAGGGCGUGAUGAGGUUUGGUACCUUGAUUCUGGAGCAAGUAAUCACAUGUGUGGGAAGAAAGAUUUGUUCGUAGAACUCACAGAAAGAGUUCACGAAAAUGUGAACUUGGGAGACUCCUCCAAACUAUCAGUUGAAAGCAAAGGGAAGAUAAAAAUAUGUCAAAAUGAUGGUAAGAAAGGGUACAUUUCUAAUGUUUAUUAUGUGCCUAACAUGAAAAGCAAUAUUCUUAGCAUUGGGCAGCUGCUUGAGAAGGGGUACACCAUACAUAUGGAGAACUACUCUCUCAUUUUGAGAGAUACACGUGGAGGAAUUGUGGCUCAUGUUCCAAUGGCCAACAAUCGCAUGUUCCCGUUACAUCUUAAUAUAAAAUCUGAGAAGUGCUUCUAUGGACUCAAGGAAAGUGAGUUAUGGAAGUGGCAUCUUCGGCUUGGUCAUCUACAUUUUAGCGGCCUAAAGCUACUAUCUUCAACUGGCAUGGUGCAUGGGUUACUAGUGAUCAAGCUGAUAAUAGCUUAA